GGCCCUGAAGAGGUAUCGAUCGACUUCCCCUUGGUGUUGUUUCGUUCAUGUUACGGUGUGCGACUUCACGAUGUAGCGCCAGGAUAUUUGGACCGCUCGGCUGAGAUCAGAUCGCGCUGCCCGCAACAUAUCCCGCUGGCCCGUACACGUUCGUCGAUCCAACAACAACCGCGUCGUUCUCUCGGAGUGAUAUCCCGUUCAUUCUUCUCCUUUCUCCCUCGCACGCUUUCUCCUUCUCUCGGCCAUCGUUCUCGACUCAGUCGCGCGAGUAACGCGGAAACACAUUAUCCCUCUCUCUUCCGGGACCAAGAACGUGGAGCCCUCGCGGGAGCGGGCAUCGAAGCGCGCGGUGGCAACAACAGCGCCAAGAUGGCAUUUGCCACGAGCACAGCUGUUGUUUACCCACAAACUCGUGUGCGGGAGGGCCACUGGUGGCAGCAACUCGUGGUAACGGGUCACUGAGGGACGAGCCGUGCGGCGCGACGCAGCUUCCUCGUCGGGAUGAUGGAAGAUGCUCACGAAUGAGCGGGUUGGACUAGUGAACGCUCGCGAGAAAGUGGCGUAACGACAACGACGACGACGGCGGCGGUGGCGACAGCACGGGCGAGGAGGACGGAGGUCGUGGUGCUUCGAGGGAAGAGCGUACACGCGAGGAAGCACUCAAUGGAAGAGGUUAGUGAGGCUCGCGACGGCGGAAGUCACAGCAGCGGGCACGAAUCGCGCGCGAUAAACUAACAAAGCCGCGUUCGCCAUUGCUCCGAGCCAGGACGACGAGGACGAGGACGAGGACGGGGACGACGACGGCGACGACGAGGAGCGAGAGUCGAGUGGAGUCGAUAUUGAAGAAGAAAGUGUCCAAGUAUCAUCAUGAAUGCCAGGACACAGCUAUUUGAAUUGAGCAUGGAGGGACGUCAGGUGGACGAAGCAGUGGCCAGUAUAUUCCACAGCGUUCUCUUCCAUCGGAGUUUUGGCAAAUUCAAGUACAAACAAGAAGGCAGCUACUCAGUGGGCACGGUGGGAUACCAGGACGUGGACUGUGACUUCAUCGAUUUCACCUACGUCUGCUGCUCGUCGGUACACCUCGACCAGACGCUGAAGCGCGAGAUCUCGGGCUUCUCGGAGGCCCUACGCUCCACCGACAGCCCGGGCUCCGGCCAAAUAUCCUUGGAGUUCUUCCAACGUAAGAAGAACCGCUGGCCAUUUCAGCCGGAGUGCAUACCGUGGGAAGUGUGGACCGUGCGUCUCGAGCUCAUCAAGCUGGCGACUGAGCAUGAGCGACAGAUAUGCCGGGAGAAGGUGGGCGAUCUGCUGACCGACAAGAUCCUCUACAUCACCGAGGUGAUGAAUCGGCACGACUACAUACCGAAAGUGCCGAGUCAAGCGGAGCUGGACCUGAUCUUCGACACCUCGUAUCCGGACAUACAGCCCUAUCUCUUCAAGCUGUCCUUCACGACCUCAGGCCCGUCUAGCACCACGAUGGGCAACACGAUGAAGAAGUUGAUCAGAGAGACGCUGUCCAUUUAGUCAUAACAUAGCAUAGUUCUUCGGAUUUCAACAUUGGCACGUUCGUAACUUAGAAGCUGAAAGACGCAGGACUCGUUCUCACUUUCUUAACGUGACCUGCGUGUUCUUUCCUUUCUCCGUUCUCUGCGUUGCACUGUUCGCGUGAGAUAGAUUCUUUUAUUUCGACAACGUGUUCCUCACGACUUCUACCUGACUUCUUUAGUCUUUAGUAGGAUACUUUGUUCUCAGUUGUCUUGGCAGUAUCUUCGAAAUUCACGCUACGCAAGAAACACGACUGCUUUACGAUGUCUGCUCCAAACCUUCUUGUCAGAAGGUCUUAGUCUACUUUGCUGUUAUUUUCAUUUCCUUUUGUAUCAGCAGGCUCUGUCGGAGAUUCUUUGGUCGCGUGUAUAUUCUCGGUAACGGUAGUGGUAUCUUAUAUGACAUGACGCGGAAAUAUAAUACUUUGUACAUUGCAGGGACUUCCGCCACUGCGUAUCUCUAAUUCUGCAUAGUACAAAAUCCACAUAAUACACCCUCGAUACACCUCCGCUUCUUUUGUAUUCUUACCGGAUGUGGAUGUCCGUCACGUCCGUCGCGUAAUUAUUUUAGCAGGAUCACGAUAGGCACGCGUUCCACACAGAGAGAGAGGUCAUUCACGUUAUACCUCUUGAUUUCACUUAAACUCUCCACAGGCGGCGACUCCUCGUGGCAGAGCGACAUUAUGUUCCUCUCGCUUCUCACUAUAUCCUUCCUCGAACGUUGUGUAAAUACGAUUAGAAUAGACUCGAGCGUAAUUCCUCUCCAUUUUUAACCUCUGCGCGUCGCGUGACAGACGACAAUUUCGAUUACAGUUAAGAAUGAAGGAUAUAACAAGAGAUUCCGAGAUUUCGAGUUUCUAGCCGAAGGAGCAGGAUGUUUUCAAUGGAUCCGGUAGAAUCCUCGAGAGCGACGCAUUCUCUCUCGAGGCACUCUCGAUACUUAUCCUCCGAUUAACUCCGACGAACACGACAGCCGUAUUCAGCGUUGUGCACUGUUUUUCAAUCGCUAAUGUUGAAAGUAUAUACAUAUACAUAUAUACAUAUAUAUACGCAUAGUUAUAUCAUAAACAAGUGGUCGGAAUUACUUGUAUAAUCGAGGUGAUUCUCGAGUCGACUACUUACUUCCCCUUGCCGCUCCAGCUCGCCCAGCGGGUCACGCCACUGACAAUCGUAGCGCUCAACCUUAGAACCAUUGGUUACGUUCAGCACAAUAAGCACUUUGUGCUGCGCUGCUAGCAGCUUUGCGACUGUUCGUGAGAUUUUUUGCUAAACGAUACCUUGCGAUUUAUGCUUUUCCAACAUGUUUACUAAACGGUCUAGCAUAUCGAAAAUAUGCUGGAAAAAAUAGCUUAGUAAACAUGUUGGAUAAGUCGCUACUGUCAAUGGUUGCGUUCAGCAGAGAAAGCUGCUUUGCAACUGUUGUAAAAUUCGCGAAUUUGAUUGGAAUAUGCUCUUAAUUUUGGUUAAAUCCAAGAGCAUGUACCAAUCAGAUUCACGAAUUUUACAGUUGCAAAACAGCUUUUUUUGCUGAACGCAGCCAAUCGUUACUUUCAGAAGAAAAUCUUACAACAGUUGCAAAGUUGUUCUGUCAGGCAGGCGGAAAGCGAAUUACUUUCUCUGCUGAAUGUAAUCACUGAAAGUAUGCUGGUAAAAAAGGUAAUCGCUUAGUAAACACGUUGGAAGAACUCAAAUCGCUAGUGUCGUUUAGAAAAAAAUCUUACAACAGUUGUAAAGCUGCUGUCAGCGUAACGAGAAGUGCUUAUUAAGCUAUUUUCUCUACUGAACGCGACCAUUGACACCAUAAGAUCUGUGAAGCACUUCUCUGAUACUUUAAAAGUUCUUAUCGAAACAAUUCUCCUAUAUAUGAUCUUAUAAAUUAAUGGGUAGAUAUAAUUGUACACUGAUAAUAAAUAUAAUAAUGUAUAUAAUUACACAACGUGACAAUAGGUUCCCUUGUGAACUAUGAGAUACUCUUGCCAACGCGUUUUGGUUUUUAUUUUUUAAGCGAUUUCCGCGACCAGCAAUAGUACCUCUUGAAUGACGUGGGAAUCUAUUGUUACGUUGUAAUUAUAAUAAUAUAAAUGUAUUGUUAGCGUAUAAAAAUAUCGUACGUAUUGUUUCGAUGAAAACCUUUCAACUAUUAGGAAACGCUUCGCAGAUCUCAUGAUAAUAGUCCUGAAGCUGCGUCGCGACUUUAGGUUGUUCGUUAAGUGAGCUGUAGUGGCAAGGGAAAAUAAGUAGCCGUAAUCCUCGAAAAUCUCACACACACUUUGACUGUACAAGCAAUUCCGCGACCACCGCCCUAAACCGACGAUCACGCGCAUCAUGCUUAAAUUAUCGCGCGCGUGUGCGUAUACAUACAUACAUCCAUAUACAUGUGCGUCAUUACGUGGAAUCCUAGGUCUGUUUUUUAUUGCUGAACUAGUGUAGACUGGGACUACGAAAUUUUGGUACUCGAAUCCAGUUACUGGAAUCAGUAUAAAUAAUCGCUAGACCGAUUUCGAAAUUAAUGCGGGAAUCGGUUCUAGUAAUCGUUUGGCUCGCGCGAAAUGUACUCUGUCCGUAAAUAUAAAAAAAAAUAUAUAUAUAAAAUCAUAUAACAUAUACAUAUAACUAAUAAACGAACGGAGUACUAUUUAUCGCGGCCAAAACGGCUACUUGAACCGAUUCGCGCGCAGAUUUCGAAGUCCAUUACUCGAUUAACGAACGUUUACUUGUAUGGGUUUCAGCAUUUGGACUUAAACUGACUACUAUAAGAUCUGUUCGUUUUCAAAGACUAAUGCACACUAGUGUAAUAAGUUAAUAGAGCGAAAGAAAGUAUAUUUGUUUCACUUUAACAUGUUGCAUUAGUGCGGAAGUUCUUCGAGAGCGAACAGAUGCAUUUCGUACAGUCUUAGUGGAUCACAGUCACGGAACUUGAAAAGAAACAGAUAUAUACAGCUGAGACUUGGUGGAAGAAAGAGGAGAAAAGAACCAGUGCCAGUUACAGUGUAGCCAGUUCAGCAAUGGAGAGCAAACCUUUUGACAACGUAACGCGAUGCGUCGCCAUUAUUUUCGCCGCAGAUUUAACGCUGGAUACCCGAGAUCAUACCUGAUUUUUUUCUGAUGAAAAACGAUAAAAAUAAAUAAGAGGAUCACAAAUCUGAUCGAAACGGGUAGCACUAAAUGUGCGGCGAGAGGAUAUGUUGAACCGGCGUGUUAAUUAUGCAUCAUGAUCACGCGGUGUAUGUGCAUUAUUUAUUUCCACGAGUAACGAUGAUACGUAAGCGUAACGUCAGACCCGUCACGGGCGCAGGCUAGUAGACGUAAUUUUCUUUUUGCACCGCUUUCGUUGCCGCUAAGUUACAAUAAAAUCGUCAUAGGCGAAUGCGUAACGCGCGACGAGAUAAAAAACCCCCUCCCCUCCCCGCGAGGGUGACACUAACCGAGGCACGGAGGGUGGACGCGGGUGACGCGAGAGAAGCCGCGCGAAAAGUCGCAGUCACGAUUACAUUUUCCCGGACGUUUCGUGCCUUCGUAUCUCGUAUGGAUUUUGAUAGGUAAAUUAUAAACGUGCUAGUAGGAAGUACUAACAUAAUACCUAAAGCCAGUCGCGCGGUAAAUAUCAUUUAUUUAUUAAACCUCGAAGCAUCUCUCAUCGUGUCACGCGAGACGAAGUUAAUAGCGUACUCCCUUCCGCGCGUAAGACGCGAGAAUCUGUGAUUCAUCUCGGACGAGACGGUUUUGUUCUGUUCUCUGCGAAGUGCGAACGACACCGGCGUGUAUAUGCGUUUAUAUGUGAACGUCGUCGCACAGUUUUAAGAUUUUACCGAAUUGAGAAACGGGAAACGCGCGGAUGUCGGAACGCCUGGCGGCGAUCCUCGCGCUAGUGUGUGCAACUAUAUAAUAUGUAUAAUGUAAAUAUAGUAUGUCCGAAGAAAGAGAGAGAGAGAGAGA